AUGUCAGAUGAAUCGUUGAUUGAAGAAUUCCAAGAUUCUCCUCUCAGAGAUGUAGUAAAGCCUCCAGCAAUCAUCAAAACAUUACAACGAGAAAUCAAACGGUUGUGUGACGUUGCGGAAGUUCCACUGAUCAAGAAAUCACCGAAUCAGAGCAUUCAUCGACGUCAGGUAGAAACUGUUGAAACCUCUAGAAAGAAAUCAGAGGAACCGCUGCUCUUCAGAAAUACAUCAGGUUCCGACCCCGCUGCCAGCCCUCGAAGGUGGUUGUUCAAGAAAUAUUCUACUUCUCCUUAUGUUGUAAUUCCCCCUAACACUCUCGUAGUGAGAACUGGAAAUCGACUUGAGCUCAGUCUUUUGUCCGAUUUUUGUUACGGUCUCAGUUCGCAAAAUUCGAUUCAAUCCUUAGAUAUUUCUAACAAUUGGAUAACAAGUGAAGGAACAAGGAGGUAUUUUGCACAAGCCAUCAAGACUUGUACAUUUCUGCAAACUCUGAUCUUGGCCAAGAAUGAUAUCAGAUAUAGCGGCAUGAUAGCACUAAGUCAAUCUUUGAAGGAGCUCACUGGGUUGACACAUUUGUCUUUAGCAGACAAUCAAAUUGGCGAUGCUGGUGUGGAAGUAUUAGCCUUAUCUACCCCUGCAUUGUCAAUGCUCAAGUAUUUGGACUUGUCUCUAAACAAGAUCUCAUCCAAUGGAUUGUUACAAUGGAUUGUCAGUGACGUUGGAGCUCUUCCUAGCCUAACCUAUCUAGGUAUUGCGAGCAACUCUUUCCUCUUGGGUGGUUCACGUGCUCUCGUCAACAUCCUCACAGAAAGGAGGAGUACUUUGGUCGAACUUGACAUUGGCGGGCGUUGUGGAGCAUACAAUCGCAUAGGGAGUGAAGGUAUCAAAGCUUUGAUGGCUGGGUUCUUCUGGACACCUUUGACGACGUUGGAUCUGAGUAACAAUGAUUUGGGUUCGGAUGGGAUCAAGUCGUUUGCUACAGCCUUCUCGAUCCACACCACUCUAUUGAGCUUGAAUCUAAAAGGGAACCACAUGGGGUUUCAUGGCAUGAGGUCUUUGGUGGGGAUGCUGGUGAAGCACAGCAGAUUGACUAGAUUGGACGUUUCAGAUAAUAAUCUU